AUGGCUGGGUCGCCUCGCUCGCUGCUGUGCCUCUGCCUCGGCUGGAGCUGCCUGUGCCUGGCGCUGGGGGACCUGCUGCGAGCGCACCUCGUGGGGCUCCGGAGGAAGGCUGCCCUGGGAGGAGUCACGGGCGGCCGAGCCCGGGCGGCAGGUGACCCUGGCCCCGCACCGCAGCAGCUGCCGCCGGGCGACAAGGUCUCGGAACACAUGCUCCGGCUCUACGACAAGUACAGCGGCGCCCGGCGCCAGGAGCUCCCCGGCCUCCACCCGCUGCACCUCCGGGAGGGCAACACGGUCCGCAGCUUCCGAGCCCUGCCAGCGGGGAGCCCAGGAAGCAAAGAGCCACAUGUUUUUAAUCUGACCUCCCUAACCAAGUCUGAAAAUAUCUUGUCGGCGUCAUUGCAUUAUUACAUUGGGGACCUACUAAAUGCUACCUGGAGUUGUCCCCGAUCCGGAGGCUGCUCUCGUCAUGGACACAGGAAACCUGAAAUUCAAAUAGAUCUCUCGGUGUUGAGCUUUCCUUCUGAUGGGAACCAAACUCGAACCCUGGGACGUUUUCUAAUAAAUGUUUCCAUGGCUUAUCGGGAUGUCCUUUCCUGGCAGUGGAAGGACAUUACUCAUGUCCUGAGUGAGGCAAAGCAGAAUGAUGAACUUCUGAUUGGUGUGAAAAUGGCCUUGACUGGCCGCUAUUCCUGGAGGAGGAUUCCGUCCUGCUAUGAACCUUACAUCCUGGUGUACGCCAAUGACUCUGCUAUUUCAGAACCAGAGAGUGUUGUUUCUAGCUUGCAAGGACACCGUAAUUCCCUGGUUGAGGGUUUCCCCAGACCGGAAGGCCACUCAAAGAGCAGCCUUGGUGAACAGCGACGGAAACGUUCCACCACCAUCCUGUUGCCCUUGCAGAACAACGAGCUCCCAGGUGCCGAGUACCAGUACAAUGAGGAUGAGGGGUGGGAAGACAGGAAACCCUACAAAACCCUCCAGCCGCGGCUGGCAGAGAGGACAAAGGGUAAGAAAAAGCAGAGAAAGAACAACCACCAGAAGAGCCAAACGCUCCAGUUUGAUGAGCAAACCUUGAAGAAGGCAAGAAGGAAGCAAUGGAACGAACCAAGAUACUGUGCGCGGCGCUAUCUCAAAGUGGAUUUUGCAGACAUUGGCUGGAGCGAAUGGAUUAUUUCCCCUAAAUCCUUUGAUGCAUAUUACUGCUCAGGCGAAUGUCAAUUCCCCAUUCCAAAGGUCUUGAAGCCAUCGAACCAUGCCACCAUCCAGAGCAUAGUGAGAGCAGUUGGGGUCAUCCCUGGUAUUCCUGAGCCUUGCUGCGUCCCUGACAAAAUGUCUUCUCUCAGCAUCCUAUUCUUUGAUGAAAAUAAGAACGUGGUGCUUAAGGUCUACCCCAACAUGACAGUGGAGUCCUGUGCAUGCAGAUAACAUCCCAGAUGAGCCCUUUGAAAUGUCUAAAUUGAGCUGUUGCUUUUUCUUUUCUCCCCCGCCAAUGCAUUUCAUUCCAAAAAUAGAUUUAUAAACAAACCUGAAUAAGAGAGAAGAUACUGAAUGGAGAUAUCAAGGCAGGGGAACUUAAACUUAACUCACCCUUGAAUCUGACUGAGAAGUAAGCUUUAGCAACUGGCGCUAACUAUUUCUGUUGUAAUGUACAAAUGAAAAGUGAAAUUUACAAAGGACUGUUCGAGAUUUUUUUGGAACUGGCAGGAGGACAACGUUGAUUUAUUUUUGUACAAGGCUUUGAAAGUGGCAGCCGCUGUUUGAUUUUUUGGUGUCCGUUCUUCUAAUGACUAAUGGGGAGGGAGAUUAAGAAAUACAUUAUACAUUUGAAGCUAGGCCUUGGGUUACUGAACAGCUCAGCAAGUGCUAAAUAACCUGAACAAAUCUAACUUAUCCUAAGAGCCUUAAAAAAUCCAACGUAAACAUUUAUUUCCUUGAUCUGACAUCAUUGAUUUCACGUGUAUAUUCAUUAUUGUAUAGCAUGUUCUUUAGAAUUCAGCCCAUGUGACAUUCCUCCCCUCAGAUUAGAUAAUAUAAAUCCCAGUUAUGCUACAUGAGAAGUUGUGAUGUCACACAGAGAAACAAUUGACCCAAAAGCCUAGCACAGUGAUUUUCAACCUAUGGUCCACAGACCCCUGGGAGGCUGCAGAUUAUGUCUAAGAAUGCUAAAGGGAUUCAUACCUCCAUUUGAAAUUUUUUAGGGGUCUGCAAAUGAAAAAAGGUUAAAAAAUCACCGGCCUAGCAAAAUGCAAGUAUCAUACUCAACAACACAGCUGGCUGAAUAAUGAACAAAUAUUUUAUCUCAUGUGUGCAGAUAGUCCUUAAGCAACUCAUAAAUGUCUAAAAUUGUUACAUGAAAUUUGCUGAAUAAUUCUUUAUCUGUAGCUUAUUUGCAUGAACUUCAUUGAUUAUUUGAUGAUCAACAUUUAGUCUGUUAGCUAGUUUUGAUUGGUUACAGAGGUCAGGUGGUAUUGUUUCCAUUCCCUUAUUGGAUACAUGUUGCUUUUAGAAUCAAAUUGCCAGUUCAAACUUUGCUCCGUGAGAGUUUUCUCUAAUAAAUACAUAAAAUGUGGUGUUUCCAUGAACAUUCCUGCCUGUAAAUACAUUUGCUAGACCAGCUGAAGAAAGUGACUCCUACGGCCCAUAAACACAGUUGGAGAGAUUUCACUUUUUAUUGAAGGGAAUAUAUUCAUGGAAACAUUUGAGGUCUUUGCCCAACUCCUCAUUUUCAACAACGUGAAACCUAGAAACACUGCUGCUUUUGAAAGAGACUGGUGCCGAUCAACACUGGAAAGAACAAUAAUUUAGUUUAUUUCAUUUGUUAAAAUGUAAUUCUGGUCCCAACCUUCCUUUUUUUUUUUUUAAACCCACCUCAGUAACUAACUUUGUGAAACUGCAUCACUGGUCAUAAAAUAUUCACAUUUCCUAACCAGGGGACAAAUUCUCAUGACCAAAUCCCUCCACAGCUCUCAUGGCACCUGAUGUGUCAAGUUUCCCACUGUGCUGAAGUCCUCAACAAGCAGCUUCAGUGAGUAGACACCUACCUUAAGCUUCAGUGGGUGCUCAAGGUUAGUUUGAAAACGACCAAUGAUAAUUUACUAUUGAGUCAUCAGUGCCAUCAUGUUUGCCAACUUGAUGUGUGUCUGCAGGUGUGGGGAAACAGACAAAGUUCCAGUCAAAAAUCGGUGGGAGUUUUGCUUAAGAAAAAAUUGUAGAUUCAGUCCUUAAUUUCCUAUGGGCCCAAAGCUCAUUCAUUAUUGGUAUGAAUUGGGGCCAGAUCCUCAGCUGGUGUAAGCUCAGUUAAACUCAGUGGAGCUGUGUCAGUUAUGAUGGUUUAUACAAGUUGAGGAUCUAGUCCCUAAAGUCAUAAAAGUUCAAGUGUUCUGAAUCUUGCCCUACAGGGGGAGUUCCAACGAACUGUAAAAGACAGAUCAGUAGAAAUGUUAGCCUCUAAGACGCGAUCCAGGCAUGUGCAACCCCUGUGUUCAUAAGCCAAGCAUGCGCAAAUUCCUUAAUAUUUGAUGCACUUCCAUGUGUGGCAGAAGAGUUAGCACUGAAAUGUGGUGAGUUGUGUCUGAACAAUUCAGUGGGGGGUGGGGGGGAGAACCACACGUUUUUCUGAUGCAAAGGGAAGAAAGAUGCAGACAGAAAGAUCCUUCCUUCACACAGCAGAUUCCUGAAUUGUUGCUAGUGGAAGAAAAUGUGUCUGUCUGCGUGUGAGAGAGAUCCUGUGUACAGCGUAAAUGGAAAGAUUUAAAAAGACAGUUCAAGGCACCCAAGUGCCCAUAUUCUGUGGGGAUUACCUUGAAUGUUAACUAUUGGCCCAAUCCUGCACUCAUUGAAGCUACUGGGAGUUUGCCAUUGAGUGCCCCGCACCCAGGACUGGCUCCCGCUAGCACACAUCAGCCCUUGCAGAAGUGAAAAGUAGAUGGUUUUUAAAUAAACUCCCUCCCUACUAGCUGCAAAGAAAAAAUCCAUUUUUUAAUCCAAAAAAAGGUAAAUCAAUGGCUGCUAUAACAAUAAACCCUGACCAGCUCUAGUCACUAAUCAUUAGCGAGACUGUCAAAAAGAAAAUUGCGUAGAGCAUUAGUGGGUAACUGAGUCAGUAGUUCUGAUGUUUUUUCCUUUAGGUUUAGGUGCCAGCUGAAGACAAAUAGUUUCUUUCCCAUCUCUUCCCAUGUAAUAUUGUUGAUGAUCAUUAGGGACUAAGUUCUUUAUUGUGAUAUGCACCCCCACUUCCCAUUGAAGUUCACCUGUACACGAGGAUGGAACUUGUCCUAAAUUUGUCUUUGUAAGUAUUGCAAUGUUUUUCCUUUUACAGGGCAGACAAUUUGUGCCAUGCACUACAGUAGGGAUGAUUUAUUUACCAACAGCCUUCCAGAAAGCCUGCAAUUCUAAGAGUUCUAUAUUAGGGAAUUGGUAUGCAACUGUCUCAGCCAACGUAUGUAUCAACUUUUAUUACAAAAAAAGCAUUUAUUCUUGUUAUUCAGGAAUGGGGACUAUUUUAUGCUAUUGACUUCAUUAACCUGGAAUGGAGAAAAAUAUUAUUCUACAGCCAGCCAGAAUUUUUUCACAGCAGUUUGGGUGGGGAGGGAACGUUAGAGAAUUCUUAUCCGAGGUUUUAUAUGUGCUGUGUGUGGCUGAGAGAGAGUGAACAACAGAUUCAUGAGCCUAAAUCCUGCCACAAUGUAAAAGGCAUCUCAGCCAGUUAGGCAGGCAUAAUAUAAGUAGGCCAAGACACCCAGACUUCUAGUAAUGAUGCAAAAGAAGAAUAUAGUAGGGUGUAAGCCUGGAGCCUAAGAAAGGAAAGGGUCAUUGCGUCUGACCAAAAGGAUGAGUUUAACCGGGAGGAGUAUGCCUCAAUGAACAGUGACAUUUUAACCUGAGUUAAGAACACACCUUCUCUCUGCAAUGAAGACAUGCCCUCAGUUACACCUGUCCAAGCCAGAGCAUCCCCAUUAACAUCAGUUACUUUGAAUUGGCAGAGACAUGUAUCUGAGCGCACAAUCUGGCUGUCACUCAUCUGUUUCACAGGCUCUCUCUGAACUUACAACUUUUAUGUGAGUUUCAGGAUUUUGGCCCCAUGUUCCAUCAGGUCUGUACCUGCAAAAGCAGCAAUAAAGAAUUCCAAAUCACCACAGAAGUGUAUCAAAGAAACAACGGGGCUACAGUAAUAUAUAACUGUUCAGCAUACAAACAUGAGAGUUGACCUUUACCAGCUCCUAGAAGGAAGUCAGACACGAUUCUCUGCCAUAGAUUUUUCAUAUUCAGUAGUACAGCCCGAAGCUGGGCUUUGAACAUGGUUGUUAAGCAAUCCAGGCCCUGUUUCUUGCUGUUUCCAUUCCUGUCAAAUCCUUAUUAGGAAAGGCCUUCAAUUUUCGAAGGGUACAUGAGUUCACAAUCUGCUUUUCAAAAUGCCAUUGCACUCAAUGGUCCUAUUGGCUUCUUAAAACCAUCCUGAUUGAGUCUGUACAGCACUGUUGAAUGGUAGGAUUUCAUGUAUUAUCUUUUGAUACCUCUUCUGUGGUGCUCGUAGUGAUUAAGGAUAAAGAAAGUCCUGUCCUGCCAUUCUUAUUUAUGUGACUCGUUCCAUUGAUUUUAACAGAAGUCCCAUGGAACGCUUCUUCCUGUACAAGACUAGUAUUGGCCAUGCAACCAGUUUCCCAGCUGACAGUUGCAGGAAAAUCCCAGACAGCAGUGGUUCACACCAGACCUCUGUCACCCUAGUAACACAUUAAAUUUUUAAAGCUAGUAUUCAUUCUGGCAUCCCAGUCUCAACCAGUAUCUGAGGUCCAAAUUCUGUUGUCAGUUGCUUGGUGUAACGGAAUGCAGAAUCCAGACCUAAUUAAUUAUAAGGUCUCAAACUGUGUCCCAUGGUGGUUGUUUUUGUAAGCAUUGUGACUUUUAAAACAGGGGUCACAUCCACCAUCAACUGAAAGUGGUUACCGCAUCAGUAGCUUAAGUUAGUCUAAUGUUUGCAACUCUAGUUUGCCUGAUUUUGACCUGAUGAUCAGUUUCAUGGUUUAACACCAUUGACUUCAAAGAUGUUAACUACAUCACUGCCAAUCGGGUUUAAGUUCAAACUAUCAUUAAGGAAGAAAAAUAACCAUCUCAAACUCUUUCAUCAGAGCCACUCCUUUGCUCUCACCUAUGUUGACAUGCACACUCUGCAAUCACCCCAGGAAACCCCUCUCUCGUUAACCAUGUAUAAGUGAUGUGUUUUGCGUACAAAACUUUUUCAUUCAUGCCUCUCAGUGAAGGUUUCUGCAUAAAGCAAUGUCUCCUUAGCCAUUUAUUAAUCAUGGGCAAUUUCUGUAUAUAGCUAUGCAUCAAUACAGACCUUACAAUGAUUUUCCAAGUAAUAUCAGUCCCCUAUUUUAUUCAUGCUUAGUUCAGUUUGGGGUAACCACCCUGCCCAUAUUCUGGUAAUUCUGUUCAUUGGUAAAUGGCUCUGCCUCUCAGCUAACAAAUGACAUCUCCUGCUAGUGCAUUGUUGUUGCAGCUGGCUC